CUCUCAGAAAUUUCUCCCACCCACUUUUCUAUCUUUUUCAUUUUCAUCCUGUAUUGCUUUUCUCAUCACUCCACCCCUUUAAAUGAUGAAAUAACCAAUAAGAUGCUAAAUUGCCCACCUAAAUGCUACCAUUCACAGAACAAAAUUUUAUUAUACAUACAUACAUACAUACACACACGCACAGACAGACACAUACACAGGCAGACACACACAUACAUACAUAAUACAUAUAUAUACACACACACAUACACAUACACAUACACACACACACACACAUAUACACACAUACACAGAUACAUACAUACAUCCAGAGAGCAGUAAACACAACUUCCAAAGGUGUCAAUUUCGUCAGUUGUCCUUGCUACUGCUCCUAUCGAAAAGCUGUCCGCCCGCGUGUUAUUCAAAUGUGUCCAUCUGUC